AUGGCAUCCCAAGAAAACCACCUGCGGCCCACUGCUCCUAAGAAGCAGGUAUCUUACACCGUUCCGGACUCUGGUCCGAGCGCUCACCAUGACUACGAGGCCGAACAUCAGCCUUCGACACUUAAUCGGGAAUCGGACGAGCCGCCAGCUUCUGGAGCAUCCGAGAAGCCUUUCAAAGAUGACUUAGAAGCCGGGAGCCCUACAACGAUCCCGCGUCGUCCCACCAUCUUCAACCGUACCUUCACUCAGCAAUUCCGAGCUGGGGUAACUGGCGAGGCCGAGAGCGAGGUGGAUUUUUCUGGUCUCUCUCAGAAAGAGAAGCGGAAAGUCGUCAAGACCGGGAUGAAGUCGUACUUUCUGGACACGAACUUCAAGAACCACAUUAUUGCCGCCCUGGGAGAAUUUGUCGGCACGACCAUGUUCCUCUUCUUUGCUUUCACUGGAACUGCUGUUGCAACUGUCGCCCCUGCCAACCCUGGCUUCGAUAUCUCAGUUCAAACAUAUAUUGCACUGUGCUUCGGCUUCUCCCUCAUGGUCAACGUGUGGGUCUUCUACAGAAUCUCUGGUGGUCUCUUCAAUCCAGCUGUGACGUUGGCUCUUGUUCUGAUCCGUGCCAUCACCCCUAUCCGUGGUGUCUUCGUUUUCGUCGCUCAGCUCCUCGGCGGCAUUGCAGCAGCAGGCCUUGCAUCGUGUAUGUUCCCGACCGACCUCAGCGUCAGCACUACACUCAGCGAUGGCGUAUCCCUUGCCCAGGGUGUGUUCAUUGAGGCCAUCUUGACGUUCGAGCUGGUCUUUACUAUAUUCAUGCUUGCUGCUGAGAAGCACCGUGCAACCUUUAUCGCUCCCGUCGGCAUCGGUCUCGCCCUCUUUAUCGCCGAGAUGAGCGGCGUCUAUUAUACUGGUGGAAGUCUGAAUCCAGCUCGGAGUCUGGGUCCGUGUGUCAUCGCUGCCAGUUUCCCCAGCGAACACUGGAUCUACUGGGUCGGCCCAUUCCUCGGCUCUUUGGUCGCCUUUGGGUUGUACAAGGCAAUCAAAUUGCUGCGCUAUGAGAUGGCGAACCCGGGGCAGGACUCCCAUGAGUGA